UUGAUGCAAUUUUUAAUACUUUCAGCUACACCAAAGCUCAGACAUUUGCUGACUGUGUAGGCCAUGAACUACCUUAUGGCUGGGAAGAGUGCUUCGAUGGCCAGAUUGGUGUCUACUAUGUUGAUCACAUUAACAAACAAAACCAAAUUGAGGACCCCAGACUAGCGUGGCGGCAAGUUCAGGAGGCCAUGCUGUCUGAGUAUCUGUGUUCAGCACAGAACGACCUCAGUGCCAAGCAAGACAUAAUGCAAGUCAAAGCACAGAGACUUGCACUGGCUCAAGAUGAGUACCAUCACCUCAACACUACACUUUCCAACCUGUUCAGCUCAAGAUCCUCAUUAAGUUCGGGUGGAAGUGGGGCUGGCCGAUGGGACCCAGACUUGCUCAAGACAGACGUGGCCAUGGCCAGAAAUCGUGUGGGUCGCUUGAAAAGGGAACUUCAUCAGAUUAAACAUGAAGUGGCUAACACAGAAGCUGGCAUGCAGACCUUGGCGCAAGUUCAAGAAAAGUUAAGUGGGCUGACAACAGGCUAUAGUGUUGAAGAAGCUCAAGUUAUUAUUGCUGAGCUUAAGAACAUUGAAGAAUCACUUCGUGCGGGAGAGAAAGAAAAAGCAGAACUCAUCAAAUCACUGACAGUGUUGAGGGAAGACAUUAUUUCUGCUGAAACAACACAAACUAUUGAGUCAAACUUGGAAAAGUCCUCUGAAAAACAUAGUACUGCAUCACAGACUGAUUUUGGUGGGGAGGGUAUGCCUCUUGGUGCACGCUUGGCUGAGCUUACAAGACUAAAACUAGAAUAUGACUCUGCAAAGAGUACACUGAAGGGGCUGCAGCACGAUUUGGCUGGACUAGAAGAGAGAUUAUCACCGGAGGAUUUACAAGGGGACCGUGACCGGGUAGUUCUUAUUCAAGAGAAGGAGCAGCUGCUUAGGGAAUUUCGAAGUGUUCGAUCAUACACUCAUGACCCACUGCAGGCAUGUGAACUGGAUGAUAAAAUUAACCAACUUGAGUGUGACUUAGCGAAGGCCUUAGAGGUUAGUAACAAAGCAGUGGCAGAGCGAUUGUCUUUACAAGAACAACGACAAGAUCUCUUGUGCCGUUUGCGUGAUACUGUGCGUAUUAUGGUUGGUCUUGAAGGACAGCUGCGUUCACUGUCUGCAUCAACUCUUUCUGUAUCAUCAUCGUCUUCAUUAGGAUCACUGUCCACAUCCAGCAAGGGGUCAUUAUCCAGCUUGUCAUUUACUGAUAUAUAUGGUGGACAACAAUAUUCUUCAAGUGAGCAUGUUGCUCUUAAUAUGACAGAACUUCAGAAACGUGUUGAAAGGUUAUUGAAGUCCAACUCAGAAGCUGACAGGCAGUAUGCGGAAAAAUUACGAUCCCUAGAAGAGAGUAGUGGAAACUCUGCUGCGUUGUCUCAGUCUAUGUUAUCCUUAUCUCCACGGAGUUCCCUCUCUUCUCUCCCGCCUACCUCUGCCUGUGAAGCACUCUCAGGCAUGGACCCUCUUGGGCCACCUCGAUUUACUCCAGGAGAAGGGGGUUGUAUGGGGAAUGGACCACUAGCCAAUGUAGAUCUUAGUACUGUACAGGACCGCUUAGCAGAGUUGUGUCUCACUCCUUCCACGACUGAGCCUGGUGCUUUAUCAACUUCACAUGUAGCAAAAGUUACUGGUAAACCAUUGGACACCACAUUGGUAGUAAACAAACAAGUGAAGGAAUUGACAGAAUAUGAGUUUAAUAUAGCAAACACAAGUGUUAGUGGUGUGUUACUAGGUAGGGCAAGUGGUGAUAGUGAUGUAUUAUAUGAAAUGGUGGAUGAGGAGGAGGAAGGCAUUGGGGAAAGUGAAGAUUUAAAUGCACGGACAAUGUCAGCGGCAGUGAGCGAUGAGUCUGUAGCUGGAGACUCAGGCGUUUAUGAAGCUUACCCCAAAGGAUCGGCCUCGCCACCAGACCCACAGGUGCAGAUUAAACUAAGAUACAGCAAACAGGAGAGCUUGCUUAGUGUGGUGGUGGAGAGAGCAAGGAACCUGUCCAUGCUCAACACAGAGGAAGGCUGUAAAGUGUAAGUUUGUGGUUUUCUU